UAAGGAGACAGAAUUCGAGGGUGACCUUGGGGGAGUUUUACAAGCAGUGAUGUUGCUGUAGAAACAACAGCCACCUCUUCAGUGCUCUGCACAGAAGCCUCGGACAUCUCACAUGCAGCAACGACAGAAGAAUGGCUCACAACAUAUUCUAGUUUUUAUCUGUUUCUUCAGGGCCAGACCAGGAGAAGCCAUUUUAGCAAGCCAGAAUAUUCACAUGGAGAAGAAUAUUGAGAAGCAAAAAUACAUUUGCUGGUAACUUUAGCACCAACAUUCAGUACUUCACUCUCUAGCAGUGAGUGAUGGCCAUGGAAGAUCCUGACAAGAAGACUGAAGUAGUCCUGCUGGCCUGUGGGUCCUUCAAUCCCAUCACCAACAUGCAUCUAAGGCUAUUUGAGCUGGCUAAAGAUUACCUUCAUGAAACAGGAAAAUACAAAGUAAUUAAAGGAAUCAUUUCACCAGUAGGUGACGCAUAUAAGAAGAAAGGUCUCAUCAGUGCCGAUCACCGAGUAACUAUGGCAAAACUAGCUACAAAAACCUCAGACUGGGUAGAAGUGGAUGACUGGGAAAGCUGCCAGAGUGAGUGGUUGGAAACACUCAAAGUUUUAAGGUAUCAUCAUGAAAAGCUUUCAUCUUCUGAUCCUACAAAUAGUCUCGAGAAUGCAAUACCUUUAACAAAGGCAGGACGGAAGAGGAAACAGGAACCGAAUAGGCAUGGCCCUAUUAAGAAGAAAAAUCAGAGUCCAAAUAUAAAAAGUGUCCCACAGGUUAAACUGCUUUGUGGAAGUGACAUCCUGGAAUCUUUUGGGGUCCCCAAUCUGUGGAAGUUGGAGGACAUCACUGAAAUUGUGGAAAAUUACGGCCUCGUAUGCAUCAGUAGGGCUGGAAACAGUGUUCAGAAAUUCAUCUAUGAAUCUGACAUUUUGUGGAGACAUAGGAAUAAUAUUCAUCUAGUGGAAGAAUGGAUCACAAAUGAUAUUUCCUCCACCAAGAUUAGGAGAGCACUGCGGAGAGGCCAGAGUAUUCGUUACCUAGUGCCUGAUGCAGUUCAAGCAUACAUAGAAAAACAUAAUCUGUAUAGUCCAGAGAGUGAAGAUAGGAAUGCUGGAGUUGUCCUGGCUCCCUUACAGAAACAUGCAAGUGAUUCCCAGAACUAACGGGGAUUAUACAGCUUUUACUCUUUCUGCUGUCCAAGGGCUGCAGUUCAGCGCAGAAAAAUAUUUGAUAUUUUCUAGUAAAUAGAAGGCUAAUUCUAGUAAGUGUUCAGUUGCUGCUGAGUAGGCUAGGUGCAAGAAUUGGACCUACACCAUCUGUUUGCUUUCCUUUUUUUUUUUUUUUUUUAAUCCAGCAACAAGUUUGAUUUUUGAAUCUAAACAUUUUGUCAUGCUUCAGUGAACUAAAUGGAAGAAGUGACCCUAGCAUAAAAAAAUUACAGGUUAUUAAAAAGAAUUACAAAUUAUAAAUUAUAAAUUAUUGAAAAUAUUCUGAUUAGUUUGACUGCUCAAACUGUUAUUUGUAAAGUACUAAAACCAAAUACUUUGUAUGUAUUACAGUACCAUAAGUAACAGACAAAGCCUUUUUAAACCAUUUCAAAAUGUACCAGUUAAUGAUAGCAAACCAGUAUAACUCAGUUUUUUUAAGUUGGCAGCAUAUGAUGGUUC